GAGAUGACAGAAUCCUGGAACGCGGUGGGGUACGCGGCACGGCGGAGAUAUGAGGAGGAGGAGACCACGCGGGGCAGCGUUUUCAUCUACACUAACACCAAUUCCACCAGGGGCCCAUUUGAGGGCCCCAACUACCACAUAGCCCCCCGCUGGGCUUACGACCUGACCAGCUUCUGGAUGGUGCUGGUGGUCAUUGCCUCGGUCUUCACCAAUGGCCUGGUGCUGGUCUCCACCUGGAAGUUCAAGAAGCUACGACACCCACUCAACUGGAUCCUGGUGAACAUGGCGGUGGCUGACCUCGGCGAGACCCUCUUUGCCAGCACCAUCAGCAUCUGCAACCAGAUCUUCGGAUACUUCAUCCUCGGCCACCCCAUGUGCAUCUUCGAGGGCUUCACUGUCUCUGUCUGCGGUAUUACAGCUCUCUGGUCACUGACCGUCAUUGCAUGGGAGCGCUGGGUGGUCGUCUGCAAACCAUUUGGGAACAUCAAGUUUGACGAGAAGUGGGCCUCUGCUGGCAUCAUCUUCUCCUGGGCAUGGUCCACUAUCUGGUGUCUUCCUCCUAUUUUCGGAUGGAGCAGAUACUGGCCUCAUGGGCUGAAGACCUCGUGCGGACCAGACGUAUUCAGCGGGAGCACAGACCCCGGGGUCAAGUCCUACAUGAUCACCCUGACCAUCACCUGUGCUAUCCUCCCCCUCUUGGUCAUCAUUAUCUGCUACCUGCAAGUCUGGAUGGCCAUUCGAUCGGUGGCCAUGCAGCAAAAGGAAUCGGAGACCACACAGAAGGCUGAGAAGGAGGUGUCACGGAUGGUUGUGGUGAUGAUUCUUGCUUUUUGCUUCUGCUGGGGGCCCUACACUUUCUUUGCGCUCUUUGCCUCCCUGAACCCUGGCUAUGCUUUCCACCCUCUGGCAGCUGCUCUCCCUGCUUAUUUUGCAAAGAGCUCCACGAUCUACAACCCCAUUAUUUACAUCUUCAUGAACAGACAGUUCCGGAACUGUAUAUUGCAACUCCUUGGGAAGAAGGUGGACGACGGUUCUGAGCUCUCCUCAGCAUCCAAAACAGAGGUGUCAUCGGUUUCAAAUUCCUCGGUUUCCCCAGCCUGAUUUGAGUAUCACAGCUCGGGCGGGUCGGAGGUAUGUUCCCAGGAGAACACUUCCACCGUUCCCACUCUGCAUCUCCCACUUGACCGAUUUCUGACAUUGGACAACAGGGCAGGUCCUCGAUGUUGGAUCCUGAUACUUUAGCGAUCCAAAGGUUCUUCGGAAG